AUGGCGAGCGCUGCCGAAGCCAUAGACCAGGCCGCGCACGCGAAGGCGGUGGAUGAGAAUCUAUGGUGGGGCUCGUUUGUCAUCCUGCUCGAGCAACUCGAGGGUGCGCCUGUUUCUACAUAUGGCUCACCUUCUCUGGUAACAACCGUUGACGGUGGCGAAACGAUCUCAGACUACCGUGUCCAGAAGUAGAGAAUUAAUGCCUCUCAUCGGUGCAGGUGAAGAAGCUGAAGAACAACCGUUCUUGGUUUCUGGACUCCCUUACUCGCUUCAAGCCCCCAAAUGCCUCGUCAAGAGAGGGCCUGAACUCUCCGGAGAUAUCGUUUGGGCAAAAACGCUUACGUAUAAAACCGGAGCUCCGAGAAAUCGCUCUACUUGCUAGCGUGUCCCUGGUAAGCAAUACUUUCAUUUGCCACAACUAUUAGCUGGGUAUCACUGGUAACAUUUAGUGAGAUUCUUUCCAAUCUGCGGGGUAAUUUUUGCCUUAUCAUUUCCUUCUCAACAAAAGUGCUUCAAUUCAUCGUGCUACGUUUCUUGACGAUAAAGUUUGAGAAUAUACAUGUUGUCCAUAUACGGUACAGAAUUGGACACUAGAAGGUUAUGUUGGCGGAGUGACGUACCAAUAGAGGGCAAGAGUGAAUUAAUUUUUUCCAUAUGAAACCACCUAUCAAACACAAGUCAGCUGCAUUUUGAUGUCCAUUUUUUGAUAUCUGGGGGGAUUUUUUUUGUCUAACCUCCCGAACUAAUUUUUUGAUGUCCUUAUUUCUAUUUUCGUGGAUGCUUUCUUUAAUUCAUUCCGUAUAUUACAAUGGUUAUCGCUAUUUGAGGCAAGUUUCCUUCAAAUGUAUGCUUUCGAUGCGAAUGUCUUUGUGAUUUCUUCAAACUUGUUUUUUCCACCGUAGUUGUGGUUUCGAAAGGUGGGCUUGCUUGCCAAACGAGUAAUCAAGUAUAAUAUCGCAGUUCAACAGCUCAUAGAUAUCUGGGGGGGUCUAUGUUAAUAAUAUGUGAUGUUCAGACACAAGCUACUGUCAAGGAACCCCGGUUAUCGUGACAAGGAGAGACAUCACCAUAGGAAAAAUGGCUCUCUGGGUGCAUUUUUGUGCAUUCUCCAGUUGCUGUUACAGUUAUAUUGGUGCAAUGAUUCAUAAUCUUAAAUUCAAAAGCCCGACUAAGAUAUUGGUGUUUUACCCUUAAUUUCGAUUUCAAGUGUUGCAAUAUUUUGACGUGAAGAAAUAUCAGUGUCUCCCCUUUUAUGUUACUGUGCGGGCUUAAUAGAAUGACGACUAGCAGACGUCAUAAUGUCUGAACAAACGUGAUUAUUUUCCAGUAACUAUUGAGCUCAAAAUGAACUAAAAAUAUUAUAACUGUCUAGUGCCUCUCCAAUGAACCGAAGUGAUGUCAAUUUCCAGUGCCAUGGAAAUGGUCGCACACAUGAAUCUGGAGACUCAUUGUAUGUAUUUGGGUUGAUCAAAGGUAGAUUUAUUUGGAGUUAAGAUUCAGCUUUAUUUCUCCUUAAUUUGAAAUAAGCUAGAGAUAUACUCUGGUGAUUUUCAAUUUUUGGCCCAAUGGUUGACCUAUAAGGGAGGAUCUCUAAUAUUGUGUGGUUACAUCUUGUGCUUGUUGAAUAUUUUUGAUGCCAAUGUCUGGCGAAACCUGAUUUUUUUUUUCAUUGUGUAGUAUUUCCCAUAGAUUAUUGAAUAUUGGCGACGUUUUUUUACUAGACGUUAUCUUUUUUGACUGACACUUAAUAUGUGGGACACAUUAUAAAAAUAAUCAUGGAAUCUUCUUGCUUUAGGUACAAAGAAGUAAAACCUUACGAAGGAAAAAAGGAAGGGUUUGUUGGUUUGUUCAUUUCCAGCUAAUGUGCUCGUUGAUCUUAUUGAAGCAAAUAAUAAGGUUUAAAGAGGUUAACUAUGACAAGAAAGAGAUGAUUGCCAGUAGAGAGCAUUUACAUUGAAUCCCUGUAAUUUUCGUACCUCAAGUAAUCAGCUUGAAAUCAUUCAUGACCAAAGUCUUCAAGUUUGUUGGAGAAAGUUAACUGUAGAUACAAUUGGUCCAUUGGAGGUCUAAUCCUAUAAGUUAAUGGGCACAAUAGUCUUGUGAACGAUAAUCUUACAGGAUAUUUUUUUUUUGACAUUGACUCUGAAUUUGUGCUUCGAAGGUACUAAUGGUGACUGUGUUCGGUGCGAGUAAUGCCCAUCAUGCUUCUGCAUUUGGAAUCCCAUGCUGUUCAAAAUGUAUCUAAUGUUUUGAUUGCUAACUUUAAGAGAAAUCGGUUGUAGAAUUUUGUGGCAACAUUAUGCAUGAUGAUUUUGACAUUGCCCCCUGGAUUUGGCAUGCGUUUGAAUUUUGAAUGGCAUGGGACAGUGAUCUGAAUUCUUGGACUUGCUCUAGUGCAGUUUCUAACCAAUCUAUGGAAUGUGACGAGGACAUUAGGUAAUCAAAACCCUGUCGGCGUUUAGGGCCUUUGUUGAAAAUAGAGAAAUUUGGUCACGAAGGACGGAGGGGAGAAUGGCGGAAACCGCCUCAAAAUUCAUUCAACUCUAAUCCCUAUUAUAUAGGGAGUAACGAUACACAACUUUUGCCAAAACACCCUCAACUAAUUAACUAAUUUGUGACCUAAAAUUUCCAACACUCCCCCUCAAGAUGAACUUUGAGAAAUUCAUUUUGGCUAAAUUGGUGAUGACAAAAAAGUACUACCCUCUGAACAUUCACUUGUUGGCGAUGAUAAAGAUCUGUUGUUGCAGCAGCUCUCCCUUUGAUGGUAAUCACAGAUGACCACCAUUGAGGUUGUAGAUUCGCCAACACCCUUUGCUCCUUUAAUGUUGUCAUGCCCCAAAGACAGCUCACCAUGAAUAUGAUAGCACCAAACAACUGUGGCUUGAUCAUGAUGAUCACUAUGUCUCAGGGCUGUAGAGCCUGCCUUGGAGUCAUGAGGUAGUUGACAGCAAGCAUGCGGAGAAUAUUCCUCUGCUUGGAGAUCUGCAUAGUGUCAAGAUCUGAUGCAAAGGCUCUCUGCUAUGUCUGUUGAUUUGAUGAUGGGGCUUAGCUCUCAGGAGAGGUGCAGGCCAGCACCCCUCCCAUCGAUCGAGUAAUGAACUCGUGGAGAAAUUAGAAGGUGAAGGCCAUUUUGAUGAAAGCAGAGCUGAGCAGAUAGCACCAUACAACAUGGACUGUAGCAAUGUGGACUGUGGGGAACUUUGGUCACCAGACUAGGGAAGACAUAGAACUGAUGUUGAAUAGAGGGAGACAGACUGAAGAGGACGGAGUAUGACACUAGAUUCAGACACGUGUGGAUAAGAGAUUGAUUUUACCGCUCAUAAAAUGCUGAUGAAGGUGGAAACGAUGGUAACACAGACCUAGAUAUUUCAGCCUCUAGACAGAAGGCUUGAUGCAGACAAAUAUGACGCCAAUGAAUUUGAAGAUGUCAUUGACGAACCUGCUAUUGAUGAACUCAAAUAUACUUUCAAAUGAUAGAUGAAGAUCAGUGCUCUCCCGUCAGUAGAACUGCCUCGCCGGCAGAGAACCUCGCCAGAGGAGGAGAUGACAGUGGACUCGUCGUCCUAGACUAGAGGACUGAUGGAAGUAGAACCGCUCGAAAUGGCAGAAAGAAAACCUGCUUGCAAUGGCAGGAUAUCAUACCUAUAAACGGCGGAAAGAUAACACGCCUCCAAUGGCGCAAUAAGUGCAUCAAGAUGAUGCCAGAAAGAAACUCAGCAGAGGCACCAGGCAUUCCCUGUUGAAAAUGGAGAAAAAACCUAGCCAUGAAGGACGGAGUGGAGAACGGCGGAAACUGCCUCAAAAUUCAUUCAACUCUGAUCCCCAUUAUAUAGGGAGUAACGAUACACAACUUUUGCCAAAACACCCUCAACUAAUUAACUAUUUCUCUAUGACCUAAAAUUUCCAACAACUUUAUUCAAUCCUUUCUGUUCAUACUGUUAUUCUAUUGUUGAGUCAUUCUAUGCGGGGAAGAGCCCUGUAAUCUAAUAAGUUGUCUGCCAUUUUCUUAUUUGUUGGUGCAUUUUUUUCCAGAGCUUAGAUGAGGUGCAAUCAUACAUUCUGGUUGAUAGGACCAUUAAUCUUGGAAGCUUGCUGUCUGAUUAUAGGCAACCAGAAAUUCUACGCCCUGUGAGUAAUUUUCUUCGUUUCUUCCUUCUACCUUGCUCGGUGGCAUCUGCCACAGUUCAUUUUUCUAUGUCAUUAGCUUUACGUGGAUGCCUUCCCCCCCUAAUUUUCUGGUUAUCAGAGAUAUAGAUUCUUUUUCAGUUUUUUUGUUUUACUGCAUCCAUAUUCAUUUAGUUUUAGGAAUAUUUUUUAACUGAUAACUGUUUCAGUUCUGAUCAUAUAUUAUUAAUAUGAUUAUUAUUAUUUCAUAUGGAAUUUUUUUACUGUGGGGAAUUUCGUAAGCAACUUCAUACUGAUUUCCAUGUUCUUGUUUCACAGUGUGGUCAUGGUGUUUACAUUUCAACUUUUGAGUACUAAUUUUCCUUGGCUCUGGAAGAUCUGAGGUUUAUGCUAACAUCUAUCUUGCUGACCUUUUUUUUUCUCCUAAUGUUAUCCAGGGUUAAUUUCCCCAUGAAGAGAGUGAUGUCCCCUGGGCAUUCCUUUCUCUUGAUAAGCCUGUACAUUGAAUUCUAUAUACCUUCUUGGCUGCUCUUACAAUAUUUAACUUGGUUGUUCUAGAUGAAUGUAAACGUUGUCUAAAAUAGGAAAUCUCUGAUAGGAUUCUCUGUUUAUGGUUGUUUGGCUUUGUUUUUGUAUUACGAGGGUUUUAUUCGCACUCUUUUCUUGUUUAUUGACUUUUAUUUACAUGAACUGCUGUGUUUCACUGUAAAAAAAAACCACAUGCUUUCACUAGAUUAUCUAAUGAUUGUGAACUGAAACAAGCGUUAGAUUUGAUCAUUUGACUUCAUGUGUAACAUUUGGUCCUUUUUUUGAUUUGCAGAUACUGAUUCAAUAUUAUCUCGAACGACAGUGUUUGUUGAAGUGCGUCAGGUGGAUAUUCAUGCAUGCGUGUAUGUGAAUGAUAUUAAUUCAAUUCAUGCAACUUAUUUCAGCAAUUUUUUCACCUGCAUUUUAUUCGUUCUUAGGAUAUCCUUGUACUUUUACUGUGAGCUUCUUUAUUCCUUUCGGAAGUUGCUUAACAGACAUUUUUCAUAGGAAAGUAUGUAUCCUGGGUGUGUAUUGACUGAUAGACUGCCCUACAGAAGGCACUAACGCCAUUACUCUUCACUGUAUUUGGAGCUUUAUGCAACCUGGAGUAUGAACAUAUGAUACAACUUAGGGAUCCUAUUGGCUACAAUGUUUGUUGCAGAAUCAGAUUUGAAGUCCUGGAAAGUGUAAUGGAAGAAUGAGGCAAGUUCAGAGUUUGACUAGCUUUCCUUAUCAUUCCUAAUGGAGGAAUCAAACACCAUCCGACAUCUUAGAUUUGAGCCCUUCUCCAUUGCAAGUGACGGUUUGUUUAUGUAGACAGUUUUACAUUUAUAUUUCUCAUGAAGGAUCUGACUGAGGCUCUUGAUUACAAUAUUAAUUAAGUGGUACUUAAUGGUAGUUACGGAGUAUUGGAAAUGGCAUUGGAUACUGGUUAAUAACUCUGUUCACCUCAUCAAUUGAGGAUGAGUUUAUCAGUUGGUUGUUGAGGCAUUCAAGUUUUUUUUUCGUUAAGUUUUAGUUAUUAUGAAAUAGGGAGCGAGAAUUCAAUUUGAUGAUGUAGGGGUAAAUUCCACUAUUUUUUGAACCUAAUGUUUAACUCCAAGAGCACCAUAUUUUGUAGAUUGUGCUCUUUCAUUCGGGUUGUUUUGGAUAUCUGCUUGUCUCCCGUUAUUUGUUGCUGAUGCUUCUGAAUAGCUGUCACACCUACUUUAUGAAUAAAACACGGGCAGCUGCUUUCGACUUAGGCAUAUUCGUUCUUCUUGUUGACUUUUUUCAAAAUUCUGAUCUCCACACUAUUUUCCCCGAUCUGACCAUCUGAAUAUGCUGUUCUGUGGCGGAUAUAUCAAGUUUUUUUUUUGUUGCAUGGCGAUCCUCAUGCCACGUACUUUACUGACUGACAGUCAUUGUUUCUACAUCACUCCCUGUGAGAAAAUGUCUAUAAAUUUUCCUUCUUUCAGUUGCCUUUUGAUUGAUUAUUGAUGAGUGAUUGGAAUGUUGUCUUGCCAACAUGGAUUUCCACCUGAUCCACCUGGAGGCAGGAAAUGUUGUUACUUUCUAAUUCUCAAUAAUACUGGAAUGUUUUGCUUUUGAUUUUUCUUUCAUUUACAUGGAUCAGCCCAGGCAGUGCUGGACGGCCCUGAAACUUUAAUUGAAGGAAACUUUAUUAGUUUUAAAACAGUGUGGUACAUUAUAUUGACCUUUUUAUGCCCAUAAUGACCUGGAUUGGUAGUUGUUCAAAUCAGUUGUGACAUUCAACUUCAGUACUUUCAGCUACUGGAUUUUCCUAAUGCUCAUGUAUGAUGAAAGCAUCGUGUCCAUUGCAACUUUUAUAAUUUUGUGUUCCAUUUAACUUGAAUGCUUAUCUGUUUCAUCAUGGAAAUCGGCAAAUAUUGGUGAUAUCGAUCUUUUGAUUCUUCAUAAGUUGCUUUCAUAAAUGAUAUCAAGUUGUUUUCAUUUUUCAUCAUGGCUGUAAUUUUGUUUAUGGUGCAGUGUACAUUGAAGAUGAGUCUCAUGCGUCUGGUAAUAUACGUGAGGUGGCUCUGUCUUUGGUUCAGGAUGGAUUAGAGAAGAAAUUCCUCACUAUUCUUGAAGAUCUAUCUCAGUCAGCGUUUCUUCAGAAAGCGGUUAUUUCCUAAUAUGUUUAGUCCUUUAUUGAGUUCUUUUGCUUUCUAGCUGAAUGCAUGUGUGAACUUCUAAUCACUCAAAAGUGAAUGUUUGGAUUUUUUUAUGUUGCAAUCUCUUUUCAUUAUUUUUAGCUAGCAACCAUUAAUGUAAUUCACACAGUGCCUCUCUCUCUCUCUCUCUCCCCCCUCGCUGCAACUUUGUAGUGAGGAAGGACUAUACACUUUGUGUAGGUUUAUUUUCAUUCCUCAAGUUCACAGUAGGCAGAUUGUUGCUAGAUUCUGUAUCAUAUUUUUUUCUCCAAAAAAGGUCACGUAUUGUGAUUUGUUAAUGGAGAGCCGGAUAGAAUAAACAUAAAAUAUUUUCAGUAUGUUGAGGAAAUUCCUCUGCACCUAAACCCGUACAAUGCCAUGUAGUUUCAUUAUUUGAAGUCCAGCUAAAACACUUGAAUCUUUGAACAUAAUUAUCUUUGUUAUUGUUGAUGUUGCAAUUUGAACUGGUUUUGGUUGUUAGGGGGUGUUUUAACUGUUCUUUCGGUCACAUUCUCUGCUUUUGGCAUGAUCCGUGCCAAAUCUUGUCACGUGUUUUGACUUUUCUGUUAAUAAGCAUUUCCACGUUUAGUCUGUGGUUUCUUCUGUAGAGUAUGAAACUUGUAAUUGCGUUUUUCUAAAUGACGAUUAAUUAGUGCUGUUGUUCUGUAUGUGCAUUGUCACAAGUUCUGAUAGUGAUUGGCUUAUUGUCACAUUUCUUUCUUUUAUUGUUAUUUUCUGUUAGGAGGUGGAUUUGAUCACAUUGUGGGUGGAGGAGAUUCUCAUUGAAAGCAAUUUGGUUUUGGAUACUUUUUUUCUUGCUUAUUAUGAAAACUUUUGUGGCUGCAAGGGAGAACAGUGGAAAAAGUUGUGCAUGCUUUUUAAGGUACAUCAAUAUUUUCUUUUACAUUGUCUCGAAACUAAAUGCAUGACCUUUUUAGUUAACUUGUAAAUGUGACACAUUUACAGGGGAUGAUAUCUGGUCCUUUUCAUAUUGGAGAAAUGGCAGAAUCAUCUGAAGCGAAAAACUCAUUCUACCAUGCAAAAGUUCAGCUAGUUCUUAUUCUGAUUGAAACGUUGAAUCUUGAAAAUCUUCUUAGAAUGGUGCAUGAUGACGUCCCAUUCAGGUUCUAAGCAUACUUAUGCAUUGCCUUCCUACCUUUUUCUGUGAACCUCUAAAUUUUCCUAGAAUUUUAUUCUUUCUUGAUCUUAUUCAUUGGUUAUCCAUCGUCUUUGUGUCAGGAGUGGUGGCAUAUUUUCAUUGGCGGAUAUUCAAGAGAUGGAUGCUAUAAUUUCAAGUAUGAUCCCUUUAGAGACUGCUGAAGCAGGGCCUCUGAUUCUUGCAUGGGGUGUUUUCCUUUACCUGGUCUUAUCACUUCCAGAUAAGCAAGACUACCACCCGCUAAUGGUCUGGGUGCUUUUUACUGUUUUGUACUAACAAAGAUAUCUAAUGUGCGUAUAAUGAUUCCUUUUUUGUUUAUUUUUUUCCCAGGCAACAGAUAUCAUGGGGUAUGUUCAAAAUGCCACAGUUAAUGGGCCUUUUGUAUAUUUAGUGGAAAUCCUCCAGGGUGAUUUUGUGCUUAAUUCGGAUGUAAGGCCCCGGUAACAUUCAGGGUUUUACUUUUGCAUCGUCAUAUGGUGUUGCCUGCUUUUGGUAGUGACCCACUUGUUUUUUUCCGUUGUGAUAAUUGGUAUUGCUGGCUCCAUCAUAGAGAUAGGGAAAAUUAACUUGGGUGUGAAUGGUCCAUAAUGUAGAAUUUCUUUUUUCAAUAUUUUUUUGCGUUUCCAGCAAUCAUUUUCGAUCCUUUUUUACUUCCUCAGUUGGUAGCACUCUAUUUGAUAUUAAAUACGCUAAAUUAUUAUUUACUACUUUAUUUGUUUGUCUUUCCAUUGUGAAAACUUUACAAGAGAUUGAAGUGUAGAGGUAUAGUAGGGGGGGAACCAUGGGAUGAAAAUUCGUAAAUGCCCUCACUUUGGUGGGUAUUCUUGAGGAAAACGCGCCUCAACUAGGAUAUUUGUUCAUCCAUUUAUGAACUGCAAAGUUAGUGUAAGACUUAUGUGGAGCAUCGGAGCACAGAUGUAAUGGGAAAGAAGAAUGAGGGGAUGUAAGUAUCCAUUGUGGGAUGCUCAUGGUUCACGAACAGCUGCGAAAAGAUAAUGGCCCACAACACAGGAAUUAGUACUAGUUUUUUCUCUUCUCUCCCUUCUUUGUCAUUUUCUCAUCUUGUAGUUCACAUUUUUUUUGUUUUCUGAAAAAGAUCUAUCAGUUGCUUGAAGAUUGGGACAGUGACUCUUCUAAACUGCGUACGUUUGGUUUUAGUCACAGCCAUUAACCUUUAUGGUUUCACUCUGUCUCUUUCUAGGUUCUAAACUUUCGUCAAUGGGAUGCAGUCACUGUGAAACAGCAUCUUUACUAAUUGUCAUAGGGACAUGAGAUGUGAAUAGUUUAUUUUCAAGGUCAUGUGGCAACAAGUGGAGCCAUAUACAUGUGGCAACAAGUGAAGCCAUAUAUAUUCUCAUUCCUGCUAUUACACAUCCUCCCUGUCUACAUGCAGUCAUCACAACUAUUAGCAGGAUUUCCCUGUCAUGGUCGAUCACUGUUUCAUCAUUUUUAGCUAUUUCUAGCUAAUUAUUUGGUUUUUGUUUCAUUCUCCAUUCAAAUGACCGAAUUAUACACAUCAAUUGUUGUUUGUUUAUACUAGUUUUGAAUCUGGAUGUUCAUAAUAUUUUUGGUUGUAAUAACUGGUAAUCUUUAUAUUGCUAAAUAUUUGUUCGUUUUAAAAGUGCGCUCAUGUUAUUAAAUUUAAGAGCUCAAAUGAAAGUCUAUUUGCCAAGUUUGAAAAGGCUGUAAAUUCACUAGAUUUUGUUGAAAUAAAAUCGUGAAUGUUAGUCUUCUUCGUGACUAAUUGCAUUCUCUCUCAUCAGUAAGGUGAUCCAUCAUUUGACUUCAUUAUGUCAUUUCCUAGACGUUAUUUACACUGUAACAAGUACUAAUGGUAUACAUUGCUGAAAACUACAUGACGCCAUUGCAUUUAGUUUUGGAUAGGGCGUGUGAAUUUGAGAGUAUAAUAUAUUUUUUUCAUAAUAUAUAUUUGAAUAUGCUGUGGAAUCAUGCAUAUAUCGCCAUUUAAAAAGCAUUAGUGAUUAAAACAAAAUACAGUACAUUUUCGUAUGCUUCUAAGUCUGGAAUGCUUAUGUGCAGGGCCCUGUUUCUGGUUAUCUCAGUGUCCUGAAAACAUUUAUUUCUGCAUUUAUUACAUGCUUUCAGAUAGCGGACCAGGUAACAUUUUUCUUUUGAUUAAUGUAGGCUGUUUAAUAAAAUAGAUGUGGAGGCCAUCUCUUACACAUUCUGUUUGCUCUAUUUAUUUUCAGUCAGAGAGCAACACUUUGGAAUUAAUCCUAGAAAUUCUUUGUAAAAUCUACCGAGGGGAGGUAAGGUCAUAUUUUUUGAUCUCCUGUACUCAUCAGGCCUAUGUAUAUGAAGUUUUUUUUAUUAUCCAUUUUCCAUUUGUUUCCUUAUGCUACAGGAAUCACUUUGCAAGCAAUUCUGGGAUAGAGAUAGUUUUAUUGACAAACCUAUCAGAUCAUUUCUUUACUCUUUGGAGAUCGAUUUUCCUUAUAAUAUUCUGGUUGUACGUUUAUUGUCAGCACUUUGCGAGGGACCCUGGCCUGCCAAAUGUGUGUAAGUUUUCUUGCUCUCUCUCUCUCUCUCUCUACUUCCCCAAUACUACUGCUUCGCUGUUACUUUUCUAUAGUCAACAAAUUAUCUAUUCUUUUAUUAUAUUUUUCAUGAUAGGUAUCUUGGCCAUGGUUCGUGUGUGAAUCAUUUUUAUUGACAUAUAGAUUUAUGCACAUAAUUCCAUGUAAAAGAAUCCUCAUAUAUAAGGUCUGAAGUCUUCCUUAAUUUUCUGUCAAUAAUUUUCAUGAGAAACUGUACUUGGGUUCCUUGGAAAUUGUUGUAAUGUGAUUUUUCAUCAUCUUUUAUAACUUGUUAUCCUUUAUCUCUUUUGAUAGACUUGGGAUAAUUUUUUUGAAUAUUUUGGCUCAUCUAUAGAUCUAGACUUUCUUGAUUUGUUUAAGUUUGGGUCCUUUCCAUUGGCGAAAGUGAGUGUUAAUUACAUACUUUUGACAAAGGAUGUAUGCUGUGAAAUUAACACGCCACAAGUAAACAAAAUUUAGUUUCUCAUUGAAACAUAUUCAGAUUUUGGUUGUUAUUUUAGGACCAUGGAUAAUGGAUGGGAUGAUACUGACUUGGUGAAUCUAUAAUGUAAAGCUUAUGUGAUAGUUCUACUUGGUGUAGCCCAUUUAAGAGUUUAUUGGAUGAGGCUCAAUUGUAAAACAUAUCAUCCUUUGUGGGAGACCUCCUUCCACGAGGGAUUCUAACUUUGGUCUUAGUGCUCCACGAUUACUAGUAGAAUUCCGUGCGAUGCUUGUGGAGUUCAAAUUAACUGGAUAUAAUUUGAUACAAUGGUCAUAAUAUAUUCAAGAGGUUUUGAUUGGAAGAGGAAUAUUACAUCAUUUGUUAGAAGGGAAUCUAGAUCCCUUGUCUCAUGAAUGCCAUAGAUGGAGAGAAGAGGAUGCACUAAUCAAGACUUGGAUUUGGGGAACGAUGAUUCCUCAAAUUAGUUGAGAUUUUUUCUUCUUAGGUAGAGUAAAAGAUUUAUGGGAAAAACAGUUCACACAAAAUUCUCACAGAAGAAUAAUGAGGCUAAUAUAUACGAAUUAAAGACAAAAUCAAUGUAUAUAAUGCUGGGAAAUAAAUAUGUGCUGGAAUAUGUUGGAGACUUGAAAGGUUUAUGGCAGGAACCUGAUUAUCACCUUAGUGACGACACAAAAAACCUAGAUUACUUCUCUACAAAAUUUCAUAGAACGAAGAAGAGUCUUUAAGUUUCUUUCAGGACUUAACUAUGGUUUUGAUCAUGUCAGACAAUAGAUUUUGAGUCACGAGAGGAAAUCUGAUCUAGAUGAGGAAAGUCGUCUGAAAUUGAUAAUGUUAUUAUUGCCUGAAAUUGAUAAGGCUGCGUUUGUGAUUAAACCGGGUGAAAAUAUGAAGAAAGCCACAGAUCAGAUUCAACAUCUUCAACCUGGUCAAGGGAAAAAUCAAAAGUCCAAGUUUCAAAAUAAUAUAUGGUGUACAUACUGCAAGAAACCUUGUCACACUAGAGAUAGGUGUUAUAAACUUCAUGGUAGACCACAAUCUGUUAGCACUGAAAACAAUGGAAGUCAAGCACAUUUGGCAGCAUAAUUACCUACCAAUCAGAUUUUCAAUCAACCAUCAGAUCCCAAAAAAAAUCCAACACUCUCUUUCGUUUCAGAUAGAUGAGAUAGAAGGAUUUUGAGUUGAAUUGAAAAAGUUGGAAGUCAACAGUGACAGAUCACUCAUUAAUUCAACCUAAUAAGUUUCAUUACUCUCUUCGAAUCAGGGUCUCUUUUAGAGACAUUUCUAACAAUUGGGUAGUGGACGCAGGAGCAAUGGACCAUAUGACGAAUUCUUCUCAUUUUUUUAUCAAAUACAAUCCUUGUCUUGGUGACAGAAAGGUAUCUACUACAUAUGGAUCUUUUCUAACAACUAAUGGUAUAAGAGGCCUUAAACUUGAACCCUUUCGGAAUUCUUAAUAAUGUCGUUCAUAUCCCAAAAUUAUUUACAAAUUUCCUCUCUAUCAAGAAACUCGUGAAAGAUUCACCUUAUCGUGCCUGUUUUGAUUAGGAUAUUUAUGUGAUAUUUGAUAAGGUACAUUGUUAGAGGAUGAGAGUUGCUAGAAAACGUGAAAGACUCUUACUAGAAGGAUUUGCCAAGCGUACCUAGUGGAAGCAGAUCAACACCUAAAGCCUCUAGAAGAUGAUCUUGACAUACGAUUACUCCACCAAAGAAUGGGUCAUCCUUUCUUCAGCACUUUGAAAAUUCUUUUCCUAGGUGUUCUUAGACAUCCUUAAGUGUGAUGUGUGUAAACUCUCUAAACACACUCGUGCUUCUUUUCAAACUUAAGGAGAAAGUGAGACGAUUGUUACUUUUAUAGAUGGCUGUACACAGUGUAUGUUGAUGUUUCUUCUAAAACAGAAGUUUAAUGUGUGAUAUUUUAAUUUUUUUCUAUGCUAUGAUUAAAAAUCAGUUCAACAUCAGUUCAAAGAAAAUCAGAUCCAACGAUGCUAAAGAAUACUUUAGCCAAAGUCUGACUUCGUAUUUCCAAUCAGAGGGUAUCUUCUUGUGUAUAUACUCUACAACAAAAUGACUUAGCUGAGAGGAAAAAUCGACAUCUUUUAGAGGUAACUUGAUUGAUUCUAUUUCAGAAUAAUGUGCCAAAAGUUUUCUGGGGUCAGACUGUCAAAACAGCUACAUAUCUCAUCAGUAGAUUGUCCUCUAGAACCUUAGAGUAUAUACUCUACAACAAAAUGACUUAGCUGAGAGGAAAUAUCGACAUCUUUUAGAGGUAACUUGAUUGAUUCUAUUUCAGAAUAAUGUGCCAAAAGUUUUCUGGGGUCAGACUGUCAUAACAGCUACAUAUCUCAUCAAUAGAUUGUCCUCUAGAACCUUAGACUUCCACAGUUCUUUAAUCUUGUUAGCAGUCCAGUUUCAACACCAUCAAAUUAAAACCAUGUUAGAACCCAAGAUAUUUGCUUGCUUUGGGGGUUUUCAGCUGUUGUAAAGAAAGUUGCCAUAAAAAUUAAGAAUUAAAGGUGAGGUUGUGAUGACAAAUGAGUGCUACCAUAGUUCUGAUGAGAGUCGACAUUUCUCAAUUUGACUUUGAAGGAAUCUGAUCUUCCUUGUAGAUGUUACUUUUUAUAAACCCACCAAAAUCUAGAUGGUCGGCUUAUUCUGGUGCAGAGUCUGCCAUUUAUGGCUGGCUGGGUGAGAUCUGGGCUGGAUGGCCCAAAUGGUUGCCUGGAUAUGUUUUAAAUUAGUUUGGAUCAGUUAAUAUAUUAGUCUGCCUUGGAAAUAGUCAUGCAGAAUUGAUCCAACAUUUAUUCUGGAUUCAUGUCCCAUAAUUCAUUGAAAGAUCCAUCUAGGAAAUGUCCAUGAGACAUUAUUUUAAAAUGACAGUCUGUGGUACUUCAACCACGGAGGAGCAAUUUCAUUUACGUUUUAGUUUUAUUAAACUAAUCAGGGCUUUUGGUCAAGUAGUUGGAGGAUGUUUGUGGCCAAGUUUCGGAAUGAUUUUCCCCCCCUUUUUUUGUGUUGGUUGGGAGGAGGGGGGGAAGGUUUUCGAAGUAUCGUCAAUGGUGACGAAGGAGGAGGUUAAGCACCCAAGGCGUUCAUUCUGGCUUUGCUAAUCGCCAUUUAUAGACGUGAUGACAUCCUCAAACAGGUUCUUUCCAAUAUCCAUUCACGGGUGAUUGACACUGCCUAACCAGAAACCUGCAUUAAGCUGGUAAUUUUUUUUAAAAAAUUUUACAAUUUAUUUAAUUACUUCCAAAAAGGAAGUUUGUACAGAAUAAAACAAUAUUUUUAGAAUGAUUUUUAUUAAAUAAUAUAUUAAAUAUUUAAAAUGAAAUAAUAUGUAAAAAUUUUAUGUACAUUAUUUUACAUUCAUAUAAAAUGUAUGUAAAAGUAGUGUCCCCUUGGUAUGAAUUAUUGGACCAUUGUGUAAAUUGCCUUGAUCUCUUAAAAGCCUUGGGGGGAAGUAACUGUUCAGCUAGAGACCCAGUUGCAUGCUUGCAGAAUAAUAAUAAUGGCAAUUUCUGUGGAUGGCUAAGAUGAUGUGGUGGCUCUUUGUAUGCGUAGUGUGAGCUUGCAAUCUAUAUGCGGCCUCAUAACUUCACUUUUUCCACUUUCUGUUAUUGACAUUUAGCAUAUUGUUGUUGACAUAUGAGCGUGUUUUUAUAGACAUUGGGCUGUCAUCGAUGACUGUAAAGUAUGGUGACUUAAAUUGAACAGGAUCCUUUAAACCAUUCGAAAGAAGUCAUGAGGCUUGUUUUAUUUUUUUUUGGAAGAUGCAGUUGGGAUGCUUAUUUGUAGGGGUUAAGGACACGAAUGCAUAUAAUAAACACUGGUGUGGAUUAGUUGAUUCUUUAGUUAUAAGCAUUAUGGAAAACUGGUCCUUUGUUCCAUUUCACGAAAUAAUUGGUUUCCCGGAUUUUUUAACUCUCUUUUUUUCGUGUGCUUCUGAAUCUUUGCAAGUACAGCUCUGGAAUUGAAUGUUAUCCUUUGUGUUGAUAGAACAUUGUAUCUGAAUCUGUGUUGUUUGAUGUCCAGAUGCAACACCGCGGAUGCAGAAUUCAUUAAUUCGAUUGUUCUGACUGUCCACCAUGUAGAAUUGCACCUGUUUUAUUGUUUUCUGAUGUAUUAGACCCUUGUUUUGUUGCUAAUUAGGAAGCCCUUGUUCUUAUAAUUCACAAGUGAACAAGGAAAGACAAAAGAGGAACGAAUUCACAAGAGUUGAGCCAUGCCCAGUAUCGAGGCAAUAUUAUGCUCCGGAUAACUCUCCACAAAUAGGCUUAUCCAUUGAUGUAUGAAUAGGGUAAUUGUGUGAAGCUCUAAGGGUAUGUAAGAAAAGUGGAGGGUUAGGGUAUGAAAGAGUAAAACACAUGCAAACGAUGACCCAAUUUGUUUGGAACUUUAUGUUUGCUGGAUAUGUUUAUCUUCUGGCAUCUUGUCUCUGUCUAUGUUAUCUACAUAGAUUGACUUUGGAAGUCGGCCUAAACUAACUCUAAAGUGUUCAUAUGUCAAAAUGAUCUGUCCUGAAUAGUGCUGCAACCCUAGGAGGAUAUGCAGAUAAAAAAAUUCAACUCGCAUCACAUCAUAGGUGACUGUUAUAUACACGUAACAGGGCCACAAAACAAGGAAACUACCAGAUAACUAGGAAACUGACAAUCAAUGACUUAAACUGGCAAACUAGGAAACGGUCUAACUAAGAACCGAACUCCUAAUUUUUUGUUCUUUCACAAAUUAUCCCAUGUUGAAAGGAAUCAACUACAAACACAUUUGGAUUUCAGUGGACUUUUAAGCACUUCUUUACUUUUCCAGAGAGUAUAAGGGAGUUUGACUUGGAUUCGUUCACUAGUUUGACGUUUUUCAGUGCAUUUCAAUUUGAAAUUUACUCUCUUUAGCGUCAAAGUCAUGAUUUACUAAAAUGGCUGACUCAGGGUAUCAGCCUGGACUUUAUAUCAAAGUGAUGAGUUAGUUCCCAAAAUGUACAAAUUUGUGAAUCUUUUUUCUUCGCUGCCUUGGUUUUCUUGACCUAGUAUUUUGACGUUGUAUCUUAUUCUGCACAUUGUGCUCAGUUCAUUGGUAUUGAUAAGGACUCCUUGUCUGUCUUCGUUUCAGAUUCUUAGGGAUGCUUGUAUUUUUCAGUAGCAACUAAUGCAAGGCUUCAUCCAGGACUUAAUAAAAAUGUUUUCAGUUUUCAUGAAUCUGUCAAAGUUAAUGUCCACUGUGUUGGUGUAAUGGCCGAAUGUUUUGGCCAAAAUUAAUGGCGCUUGAAAGUUCUCAUUUCAUCAUUACUGGUUAUGCUUUGUUAUCUGUUUUGCCGCCAGCCUUAACAUGAAGGCUUUAAUUGAACCACAGGCUCUGUUUUUUCCAUUAAAGUUAUUGGGUUCUCAGUAUAAGCUUUGGAAUAUCCUGUUUGUUAUUAUCUACAUGGUCUGAUGAAGUGAUUGGCAUAUCAUGCCCCUCUUUGUUUAUAUGUUUGCUAAAACUUCCCAUUGCAGAUUCAACUUUUUGUGCAACAUGACUUAUACGACUUCAUUAUAUGAAGUUCCUGGUGGUUGUCGGACAUUGAGUAGUGACAUGACUGUUGUGGCGCCCCACCUGUUGUAUGUUGAAAGUUUUGAUGUACUUACCAUUCCGAGUGGAGUGCAGGGACAUGUUGUGAGAAUAAUUGACGAUAAUACUGCCCUUAUUCGGUGGAAAGUAAGUGCGUGCUUCCCAAUUGGUUUUCGGUUGAUUUUAUUUAUAUGACUUGCUGGUGAUUGGUAUUGUUUGGAAAAUUGAUCUGCUAUAUUUUCCUUAUGCCAAUAAAACUAGAUCAUCAGCUACCUUAUGACAUUCCCUGAUGAUGUCCCCAUCCAAACUAACAUUUAGUAAGCUAGUGCCUUGAAAAAUGGACAAUGAGAUGUAGUUACCUUUUAGGUUUUAUUCGUCUAAUUAUUAAAAAAAGAUAUGAUGCAGGAGGAGCUGAUGUCUGGGAAAGUUUUUUUGUUUGGAUUUUUAGUCCUGACGGUUGGAAAAACCUGGGAUGCAUCCUAUGUAUUGCUUUUCUUUUCUUUCGGUGUCAUACAUUAAAUAACAUCAGAAAAGCUUGUUGGUCGUCUAGUCACAGUACUUGAUUGGCAUCUCAGAGUUUAGAGAUUCUUCCUCGAAUCUCCUCUAUCCUUUGGUCUUUAAUCAUUACAGUCUGCCGAUACUGCAAUUUUCCUGUAAUCUGCCUUACCCUAUGAUCUUAAUAUAAUAUUCCAGAUGAAGUAUAAUCUGAUGCGUCUUCGUUUCAUUUUUUUUUUAUAAUUUUCUCUGCGACUUUAUUGCUGCCCAUCCUAGAUAUUUGCUACAGUCAACUAUAGGAAGGUAUACAUGAUCAAGUUGAGAUGCAUCAUUGAGCAAAUCGAAGGAAAAUUAAUUGAUUGAGUAUAUUGUCUGUCACAGGGAUAAUUAUUAUAACUAUUUUAUGACUGAAGGAUGCUGUAAGCUAGGCUUCUUAUUCUUUUCGUCAGAACUAGGACACCCAUAUCAGCUACUCAUUUACUGGUUGUGAUAAGGUUAAUGUGUCUUUGUAAUAGUUGAUAAUGCUUCUUAUUCUUUUUUGUCAGGACUAGGACACCCCCAUCAUCUACUCAUUUACCUGUUGUGAUAAGGUUAAUAUGGCUAUGUAAUAGUUGAUAAAGGUUCUAUGAUCUUUUUUUGACAUGUGGCAUUUAAUGCAGUGUGGUUAUUCUGGAGUCAUAGUGCUGCUCUUGCGCCUGGCGCAGGAAUUUCAUUCAAAUAGCUACAAGAAUAUCUCUCUCACCCUUGAUCUGCUUUAUCGGAUGUGUCUGUAUAACACGGUAAUUUUUUUGAGCUAUGAGCAUGAUGUUCCCAUCUUUUGCCUGUGUUUUUUUUUUUUGAAAUCCUGUAAUUUUUGAGGGGUUCCUUGUUUAGUUUAAAUUUUAAGGCUUUUGUGUGGAAAUAUUUUAAUUAAAUUAUUUUUCACAAUUCUGUCACAUCUCGUGGAAAUAUGCAGUCUGCAUUUUUUAUAUUUAGGACUUAAAUGGGAUUUUGAGCGGCUUCUGGUUUAGUUAAGGUUUUAAAACUUUUGUGUAUAAAUAAUCUUUGAUUAUAUUAUUUUGUCACAAUUCUGUCACAUCUUGCGGAAUCUGCAGUCUGCAUUUUUAUUUUUUAUGUAGCGAAUGUGGGCUAAACUUGAUCCAUCCGACAUAACUAUUGUUUUUUGUUGUUUUGCAUUUUUUAUUUUCUACUCAUUAUUGCUCCAACAGAAUGGAAGAGAAUAAGGUCAGAAGACACAAUUCUUUGGCUGGGGUGAUGAUAGUAUUGAAUGGCUACUUACACUGAUUAGUGUGUGAUCAAAGCAACUGACAUUUUGUUUGGGUCCACUUCUCUAGGUUAGUAAAGGAAAAACUUAAAAACUCUCAAUAUCAAAACGCAGGAAAAAUAUUUUUUGCCAUUCUUGUUCUCCUACGGAUGAAAAGUACAUUGAAAUUGAUUGUUCUGAAUUAUAUUUCUUCAGGUUAAGCCUGUCUUCGUCAUAAACUUAUUAAAAUUUUUUAUCUCUUUUGAUUUGCGUUGUCAGUUCCUGAAAAUUUUACAUUAUUGCAGUCAGGGAUUCAUUUUUAAAAUUUUUUUCAUUCAAAUUUGAUUCAGAGAAUAUGUUUUGCAUUAAUGGAAAUCAGUCAUUCUUCCAUUUUGCAAUCAGCUCAAUUAAAGGCAGACAUGGAUACAACUUCAAGGUUUGUGAUCUGGAUAAGACUGUUGUGCUGAAAGUGUGAGUCUUUACUUCUCUAUUUACUGAGCAGUGGUGGCUCACUUUGUGGUUUUAUUUGCAGGAUUGAUUUAGUGAAGGUAAUAUGUUCCUUGGCUAUGAAAUUAGUGCGUGGGGUUGGUAGCGCCGAACUUGUGUCUUUGUGCAUAAAUAUUCUUGGCGAAAUGUUGAAAUGGUGAAUACUUCUGGUCCUUUAAUUUUCCUUGGUUACACAACAAAAUGGUUAUAUUUUUCUAUUUGAAGUGUUAUUAAGGACAAGAUAUAUGUCUUUGGCUGGUUUUGCUUAGUAUAAAAUACGUUAGCUCCUGGAUCAGAUGUUUCAUACGUUUUUUAUCAUGUUAAAGUUUGUGCAGUGACCUGAAGGGAAUACAAGAUGGAUAUUUAAUGUUGACUCGGAUUUCUAUUUACCAGUAUUUUUGCUUGUGGACACAUCAUGUAAAUCAAAUAUGAACUGACAGCAUAAUACUUUGCAUCACUUUUGUAUUUUCUAAAUGCAUUGGCGGGAACCGCUGUUAUAUUUUAAAGCAUCACAUCCAAGGGUAUGAACUGAGUUAUUUACCAAAUCAAAUAGUAUAGAAAGAUUUUAUUUUGACAUUAAUUACGCGAUAUACCGUCCUACUUGUUAAGUUCUAUACAUUCAGUUUCCUGUCUCUUCUUAAUGUUUGAAUGUCAUUGCUUAGAAACUGAGUUUCCCAACAUUUUUCUGCGAGAUCACGGUGGAUUUUCUAUUGAGAUUUGCUUUGAAAAAGAUUCAAUUAUAUAUUCCUUAGCUUCUGUUGAUCAUUUGUCCUUGUCAUAAUCCCUGAUUAUGUAUUUCUCUGAAAGCACUGACAGCAUUUUUUAUUUAGCUUUAUUAAAAAAGGUGACACUAAUCUUCUCUUUCUCUUUCAAUGUAGCUCACCAUCAUAUGUAGUUGAACUGAUUCUGAGGGCAAAUAUUUUUGGAAGAAGCUACAAUGGUCCGUCAAGGUGAGUGAAUUUAGUGAUGAUUUUUGUGUUUUGGUCGAUGUUCGUUGUGCAUCUUUGUAAUAAUACAUUUAAGAAAAAUCUUCAAUUAGCUUCGUUUUUUAUGCAUAUAUGUACAUGUGCCCAGGAUUGAAAGAGUUGAGGCACAUGUAAGGUAGACAAACAGUGUCUUUUAUGCAUGGUUGUCUUUCCUAUAGAACAGAGACACAUAAGGCCAUGGCAGGGAAGAAAAAAGGUAGAGCUAAGUUGGUUUGUUGGAGGGUUGGGUGGUUGAAUGGUUGGGGUCAUAAAGCUUUCUGAGAAGAAUGAAUAUGUAUGGUUCUCUGAAAAGAUUGAAUGUACUUUGGUCCAGCCUAUUUUUAUAUAAAUUCAGUGAUUUCUGAUGAGGUGUAUCUCAAUAUGGAUGUGUGAAUAUUGGUCUAUGCAUGUUUCAUACUGAUUUUCUUGUGUUCUUUAGAUUUCAGUCUUACAUAAUUUUUUGUUUCGAAAAAUAAUUUUUUUAGUCCAAUUUCGAAAAAUGAAGUUGUCCACAUAUUGGAUCAUGUGACUCAAAGCCAUUGUGCUAAAGGAGGAUGCUUCAGCUGUUCUAUCGCAGCGUCUUAUUUGUUUCCCCAAUGCGUGAUUAUUGUUGUACAUCCUCUGAUUUCUAGUCCAAUUUCAGUUAGGUUUUGACAUAUAGAAAAUAGAAAUUUACACUACUCUAGAGCAUAACCAUUAGCUCUCAUACAAUGUUGAAGUAUUGGGCCAUCCAAAUCAAAACUAAAUUACCAUGAGUGCGGUAUGCCCAUUAUUAAAACCUCAUAAGUUUAUUUGCUUAUUCAAGUGUGAGAUAUAGAAAAUAUAUAAUAUCUGCAUUCGGCUCAUUCUAGCUUUUUCUGAUACACAUUAAUUUUUAUUGUGCUUUCAGUGGUCCAUGGUUUCUUUCCGGAGGUCUAGCCAAAAUGGUUUUGGCCGAGUGUGAACAGAACAUGAACGUGUGUUCAUUAACUAUGGCUGGUAUGCUUGUCUUUGGGUUGAAUCUACCUUUCUUUGAUGUAAUGUGAAGUACUAUUUAAUUCCUUAUCAACCUGCCAAAUAACGCCUUUUGUGUGUUCUCUCUCAAGAUUGGUGCGAUUGCAUCUUUGUUCCUUGAAAUGGCUUUUUAUUACUCCACCAGCUGGUUCCCUCUAGUCAAAUAGAAAGGGAUUGAAUCAUAAAUGUAUUGGGAUAGUAAGCCCAACAAAUCUACUGGGCCAACUAGUUCGCACCCCAAUAGCUUGAUGUACAUUUAACUCUCUGACCAAAAUUGUGGCGAACAACAUCAGAUCUGCUCAACCAGGGCCGUUGAGGAUCUAUGAAUCUCAAGUAUGGUUUGCUUGCUUGGAGGUUAGCCAUCACAGGUGGAGAUUUUGGUGUCUACGAUUUUAGAUGCAUUUUGACCAAUUGAAAAAACAUCCUGGGAUCCGUCAAAACACUUGCCUUGAAAUUUCAUAAUGACAGUUGCAAAAUAUUGGUUUACAGUGUGUCUAUCCAUUUUCUUGGAUUAUGUAAAUUGUGCAAAUUGUUUCAAUCUUCUGUAUCGUCGUGGACCGGCCUUUUUAUGUAUAUUUACCAUUCGUUCCAUUUUUGGCAACUAUGCAGUGCUAGAUUUUACUAGGCAACUCGUGGAAGUCGGAGCAGAUGAUGAAAUGGUAUCUUCACUCGUGAUAUUCGCUCUUCAGUAUGUUUUAGUUAAUCAUGAAAACUGGAGUUACAAGUUUGGAUAUGACCGUUGGAAGGUGACACAGAAGGUACAUGUUUUCACUUUUAUAACUGUGAUAUUUUUUCAUUAAAUUUAACGUCAGUUCUGCUUAAUCUUAACUCGUUUAAGUUAUUUCUCAGCGAAUGUUUCCAGACCGCCUUGGCAAACAACUGUUCACGUUUUCUUUGAUGGAAGGAAUACGCUCCAUCUGAAUGAUUUUGUGUGAAUAUAAGUUCAUAUGAACACAAAAACUGGUUUUUAGGCCGAGCUCAAAUAUGUUUUGGACUGGGUUCGAAGUUUGUCAGGAGUAUACACCAAGUUCUGUCCUCCUUUCCCCAUCUCAGUAUCUCUCUCUCUCUCUCCCGGUUCUUCCCUCCCUCCACUCACGCCUGCACUAUCUUACCCCUCUCCACUUUCCCCCCUCGAGCAGAGGGUUUUCUCUUCCCUCCUCUGCCUGCAUAUUCAAAUCAUUGCAAACCUCAUUCCAACGUACUACCCAUCCUUCCCCUUUCCCGUCUCCCUGGUCUUCAUUCCAUCUCAUCUUUUUCUCCCCUUUCCUCCCUAAACUAGAAAAUUCCUCUCUUCAACCUCCCAUCCUGGCCUAUGAAUUCUAGUUUGCUCAUCUUCUGAGGCUUGUCUGGACUUGAAAACGAUGUAUUGGUUCAACUUGUACUUUGCAAGGCCUGUCCCAGCCUGGUCGCAUCCUAAGAGUCAUGGGGAGGAUGGUAGUAUGGCAAUAUGAUUAAGAUUAUCCUAGCUAAACUCUGAAAUGGUUAUCUUCUUGGGUUUAAUGGGAGGCUAUGUUCAUUUUUUGAGGUAGAUGUAUGUAAGUGUUCCGCCAAGCUAAUCUACACCCGAAAUUUGAUAAAGUUUAUCACAUUAGUUGGAAACAUCAAUCCUAAUCUCGUCUCUGUAAUCAUCAUAUAGUUGUUUCGCUUUUUAAAAAAAAAAACAGUUGUCAGACUUGGGAAAGUUGUUGAGAGAUAUUACUGGUAAUAUCAGAUAAUUGGUUGUUUAUGAUUUUAUCUUUUUACCAUUUUGUUGAAGGAUCCAUUGAAUAUGGCUGCUUAGUGCUAUAAAGUCCUGAAAUAAAUGAAUCCAGUGACUUAUACGUUUAGCAGUACGUAUAUAAGUGCUCUUGUUUAUAGUGUCGUCUUAGGAAGAAUCGUAGAAAUUGUGUCAUUGUAUUUGUUACGCAGAACAAGUUUUUCUAUAUUAGGCUUUCCUUCUAUUUUCCUUUAUGUCCUAUUAUUAGAUGUAUUUCCUUUUCGUGUUUCUGUUAUUAGACCUUUCUAUAAUAUCGGAAAUGUUUAUUAGAUGCCAAUAUAUAAAUACUGGCGUACUGCCCUUAGAAAGGGCUAAGUCAGUUUUUCCUUUCCUACUUCUAUUGUAUCUUGUAAUGUGGUAUCAGAGCUUUCUCUCUGAUCCUGUGUAAAGACUGCCAACAGAAGAUCAACCAACCUUGGUGGCGAUGACGUCUCCACAUUGUAGGGAGUGUCGCCUGGUGAUCUUCUUCCUGUCUACAGUACCUGAAAUUGUGAGGUUUCUUGGUCGUAAGUAGACCGACGGAUUCCUUGGAGAGUCAUUACACCAUCAUCGUUUCUUGACAGUGGGGGACAUCUACAGAUACACCGUCGUCGAUUCUUGACAGUGGCAGGACGUCUAUGAAUACAUCGUUGUCAUUUUUUGAUGGUGGCAGAUGUCUGCGAAGACAACAUUGUCGUUUUUUGACAGUGGUAGUUAUCCUCAGUUAUUCGGACCACAUCAGGGAAUCUCUGUUUGAGAUUUUUUUUUGGCUAUCUGGUCACGGUUGAAAAAUAUGGUGACAAAGGUCAGUGAAUCUUCCUUCUCUGGCCUAGGACAUUCAUUUGAAGUACUUAAGGUAUGUUCAGAUCUACCUAAAAUUACUAAGAGAUUUUGAUUUGACAGAAUCAAUUUGUUCCAAUGGACAUCAUAUGUGGAACUUACUCUAUGUGAGAGGAAUCUGGAUUGUCACCUAACGCAAUCCUCACCAAGUAUUGACAACCCCGGAUAUUUUCAAUGGAAAGAAGAAAAAGCAUUGAUUCAAUAUUAGAUGCUACACAAUAUUUCACCAAAGAUAAGUGAUAGAUUUCUUUUUUUGAAAUAUGUGAAGGAAUUAUAGGGCAAGGUUCGUCGUGUUCACUCUACUAACCAUGACGAAUCCCAAAUUUAUAGAUUGGUAUAGAAAUCUCUGACUUUGGUACAUGAAAUAUUGAUUGUUCUGGAAUAUGCUUGCGAAUUGGAAUCCAUUUGGAGAGAAAUUGACCACUACAAACCAAUCAAGAACCUUGAUACUAAAGAACAAAAUUAUAUCAUGAAAGACAGGCUGUAUACAUUUUUGAUGGGGCUAAAUCUAGAAUAUGAGACUCUAGUAAAUCAGAUACUUGCUCGAGAAGUAGUACCAGAUAUUGAAGAGGCAAUUGUAUUACCUAGACAAGAAGAAAAUACUAAAAAUUUGAGAAUGAUUUAAAGAUAGAAAAUGUUGCAUUCAGCACUCUCAAGGGCAAAGAUACCUCUGUAUUAAAAAAGGAGGACAGUAAAGUAUCGUUCAUCAAAGGGGAUCCUAAGAUUAAUCUGAAGGCACACCUAUUUUGCACUUAUUGUUGGAAAAAUUGUCACACUAGGGAGACAUGUUGGAAGAUCCAUGGCAAACCACUGAAUUAUGGUAAGUUGCAUUUGGCUAAUGCUCAAAAUGAAGAUGGUGUUGAGCCCAUGAUACAAGGAGGAGCUAGUCAAGAUGGAUCUACUUCCUCUCGUCCUUCAGAGAUUGGAAAACUCAGAGAAGAAAUUGAACAAUUGAGCAGCAUGAUCAGCUCCACUUCCUUUGCACAUACUAGUAAGCAUUUUCCUAAACAUUUUCCACUAUACUUAAAUAUCUCAUCAUUGACAUCACCUUCACCCCAAAAAGUGUCAUGGAUCAUUGAUUCUGGAGCUACUAACCAUAUGAACACCAUAUGCAUCACUAUUCAUAACAUAUGAGGUAUGGAGCAAUAAUCGGAAGGUUAUAUAGCAAGUGGGGAUUUGUUUCCUAUAGCUAGCAUUGGAUCAAUUCAUCUUGAGAAAUUAGGGCCAUUAAGAUAUGUUCUUUAUGUUCCAAGAUUGAAUGCACAUCUAUUAUCAUUGAGAAAAUUGGGCAAAGGCUUGAAUUGUUUGAUAUUAUUUGACGACGAUUUUUGUUUCUUCUAUGACAAGACCUCAGGCAGGAGGAUUGGGCAUGUUAGAGCACGGGAUGGACUCUAUUACACAGGGCGUAUGGACAAGACAUUGUUGACAAAUUCUAGUCCAAACAUUUCUACUUUUGCUUCUACUUUUCUCUUGAACAAAUUGUUGUUGUUGCAUUGUCAUUUAGGACAUCCGUCAAUAAAAGUACUUUGGUACUUGUUUCCAAAACUAUGUCAUGCAAUUGGUGAAUCUACUUUCAUAUGUGAACCAUGUCAAAUGGCUAAGUGGCGACGAAUUUUAUUUCCCUCUGCUGGAAAUAAAAGUGAAUCCCCUUUUUACAUGAUACAUUCUGAUAUGUGGGGCCCUUCUUCAUCCAGUGGUGUUAGGGACUUCAGAUGGUUUAUAAUCUUUGUAGAUGAUUGUACUAAGUUCAUAUGGAUUUACCUAAAACAAAAUCAGAAGCUAAUAGUGUUAUUUAGAGGUUUAUCAAGCUAAUUCAAACUCAGUUCAGUAUAACUCCUAAGAAAUUCCGAUCAGACAAUGUUAAGGAUUUUUUCAAUUCUAUUGUCUCCAAUUUCUUUGUUGAGGAGGGCAUUGUUCAUGAAUUUUCUUGCCCCUAUACACCCCAGCAAAAUGGGGUAGCUGAAAGAAAGAUUGGGCAACUACUAGAAAUAACAAGGGGUGUCAUGUUUAAAGCCCAAGUGCUGAAGUACUUAUGGAGUGAGGCAGUACUAACGGCCAUUCAUCUUGUUAAUCGUCUCAUUAGAAGCAUUAUUAUUUAAGACUCCCAAAGCCGUAUUGUAGGGUCAUUAUCUGACUGUGCAGUAUGGACCAAAGUUACCUCUUCGAGUAUUUGAGAGUGUUGCAUACAUCUAUCAAUCUUUGUGGACUGUCUAAAUUUGCCCCUAGAGUCGUAAAGGCAAUCUUUGUGGGCUAUUCCAAUACAAAAAAAGGAUAUAAAUUUUAUGACCCAAGAUAUCAAAAAAUUAUUGUGACAAUUAAUGUCACUUUUGAUGAAAGUAGUAUGUAUUUUCAGCAGACAACAACUCAAGUAUCUAGUUAUGAUAUUUUUGUGCCAAAAAAACACGAUUUACAUAUUGAGAUUCUCAAAGGGAAUGAAGCUCCUGAAAUGAAUUGAGGUAGCCUACUCUUGUGAAAAAUUAUUCUUAUCUCAAAGAAACUAUAUUACAAAUUUACUCAAAUAUACUGGCAUGAGUUACUGUAAACUAGUGUGUACAUCAAUUGAAGCAAAGCAUUGUAUGGGGCUUCAAAGGAAAGCGAUCAAGUAGAUAAGGGGUCUUAUCAACGGCUAGUUAGAAAAUUAAUUUAUCUAUCCGAUAUUGGACUGAAUAUUGUUUACUCAGUUGGAGUGCUAAGCCAAUAUAUGCAAGACCCUAGGGAGGUGUAUCAUCAAGCUGCUCGAUGAGUCCUAGCCUAUCUUAAAGGAACAAUUGGCAUGGGAAUCCUGUUUAAAACGGGAGAUUAUCUUGCAGUAGGCAUCUAUACCGAUGCUGAUUAUGCUGGUUCCGUUGAUGAUAGGCGCUUUACUACUGGGUAUUGUUGUCUCAUUGGAGGAAAUUUGGUCACUUGGCGAAGCCAAAAACAGAGAGUUGUGGCUCGAUCAAGUGCUGAAGCGGAAUUGUGGAAUUUAGGGCUAUGGCCCUUGGGAUUUGUGAAGGCAUUUGGAUAAAAAAUAUACUAAAUGACUUACAAAUACCCAUGGAAGGUUUGAUUACCUUGUUCUGUGACAAUCAGUCUGCAAUAAGUAUUGCACAUGAUCCUAUUCAACAUAAUAAGACCAAACACAUUGAAGUAGACAUAUGUUUAAUUAAGGAGAAACUUGAAUCGGGGAUGUUUUGCACAGAGUAUGUCUCAUCUACAAAUCAGUUAGCUGAUAUAUUAACUAAGGGCAUUUCUACAACAGAGUUCCUCAAACAAAGUAGCAAGCUGGGCAUGAAUGAUAUCCACGUGCCAGCUUGAGGGGGAGUGUUAUGCAGAACAAGUUUUUUUUCUAUGUUAUGCUUUCCUUCUAUUUUUCUUUCUGUCCUAUUAUUAGAUGUGUUUCUUUUUUCGUGUUUCUGUUAUUAGACCUUUCUGUAAUACCGGAAAGGUUUAUUAGAGGCCAAUAUAUAAAUACUGGCAUACUGCCCUUAGAAGGGCUAAGUCAGUUUUCCCCUUCCUGCUUCCGUUGUAUCUUGUAACAGUAUGAUGUGUGAAGGAAGUUGUCGAAUUUUAGUUACAGUUCAUUUAGUUGUCCUGCAGCUUUAUUUCAAUGUUACAUUGGAAAACUGUUCAUGUACCAUGUGGCUGGUAGUUGUCUAAUUUUUGGUUUUUAAUCAUUUAGUUAUUCUCUUGUUUUAUUUCCAUGCUUCUUAGCAGAGGGAAGCUAGUUUGUUCAGGGUUUUUUUGGCUUUUCAGGUGUUUGAAUUGGUGAAGUCAUGCAUCAAGGCUUUAAAGUAUUCAUCUAAACUUAGUUGUCUGAUUCGAGAAAUAUUACUUUGCGACUCUUCUGUUCACAACAUGCUUACUCGAGCCUUUUGCAUCAAAUCACAGACAUUGGAGGUUAGUGUGUACUUUGGCCACUGCACCUUGACUCUCUAAUGAUAAACCCUUGUAAAUUAGAUACUCUACUAACCUGUGGGCAAGGCAUUGGCAGGGACUGUGUAUAAGCCGACUUUGUGAUUCAAGAGAAAUUGAAGGCUUGCAGCUUUCUGUUUGUUCUGCUUUAGAUGCGGUUUCCUCCAUUAUGAUGGAUCUACUUGAGGUAUUUGCAAUAUUUAAUACAUUUAGAGUUGCUAGAAAGUAGAUUUUUUGAAUGACAAAUAUUCGAGUCUUUUUCAGUGCUCAGUCAUGAUUUUCUUAUUCUCUUUGGUAAGGGUGAGGUUGUUAGUUGACUACAACUAGUGUCAGUCCCCAAUGAGUGAUUGUAGUGGACAUGCAAAGCAGUCUUAUGAAGCUCAUUGAAUCUACAUUAAAUGAUGUUUGUAUCAUGCCAGGUCAAGCAUGUUUGCUUGUUUUGAGGAUUAUGUUUUUUAUUGUGGGAUACUGGUGAUAUAAUUUUGUAAUAUGAAUGAAGGCAGGGUCAAUGGCUGCCUUUGGUGAAGCUGAGGUGACCUUUAAGAGCAUGUAGUAUGGGCUAACAGAGAUGCCGUGCUGAGCAAUAGGCUUUAUAAUUUCACCUAUAAUUCCUCUUCUUAUGGAUACUCCAUUUUCACGUAUCAUUUCCUAGUUGAAGAAUGCUGACUCUUGUAACAAUUAUGCAGCAUAAUAUGUGAUUUCUCGAUGGCUAAUGUGUUGAAGUUAUCUUUUAUGCUGACAGUCUUUCUUUUCUACAUCUUUACUCAUUCUGAUUAUAGCUUGCUCUGGUUUCUGUUAAAAAAUUCAUUUAAUAUCCAUUCUAAAUGUAGUAAUUCAAUUUCAAGUACUUUGUAUGAUGGCAACUGCAUUUUUUUAGCAUUGAGGAUCUUUACCUUCCAGUUAAUAUCAGUCUCUGAAAAUAGUUUCUUCACAAAUUAUCAUAAUUGAUAUCAUAUGGCCCAUACAUAACUUGUGUAAUCUAAGAAGAACACCGUCAAAUGUUUAAGGGUGGAACACCAGGAAGAUCCUAAGACAGGAGUAAGAAUGCGUUGGAACAGGAGGUCAAAAUUUCUAGGUGUUGAGUUAGAGGAGAGAGGAGAAGAAUGGAGACACUAAAAACAUAGGCUGAACGGUGGUGGGAAUCUCCUUUCCUCUUCUAUAUUCUGUUCAUCCCAAGGGUAAAGUUUCACAUAUGGACGCAAUGUUACAUGCUUAGUAGACCCAAAGUAGAUUAGAAUGCUUAGUGGACUCAAAGGGUUAGUUGUUCCAAACACGAUCUGAUAUCUUAAUGGGUCCAACUCUGACACAGAACAAAAAAAAAGACGAUUAGCAUUGGAAAAUAUGCAUCCUUUUGGUAGAUGAUUAUCCUUCUGGCAAGAAAAUUACUCCUGGAUAAGUGGUGAAAAUUGCACAUUUUAUAUAUCAGCAAGCAGAGUUUUUACAAUAUCAGAUACUUCUCUCUUUCACUAAAAUGUUGAUCUUGGAAAAGUUGUUGAUGAUGGCAUAGUGCUUCACUUAAUUUUCUUUGAAUGUUGGUAAUAGAGGAUAUACGGAAUUGAAGAAAAUAAUCAAAAUGCAACAGUAGUCUUUCAGAAACAUUGAUUAGCAUCUGUUUAGUGAAUAGCCCGCCCAGGUGAAUAAAAGCCCCUCGCCUGGACCACUUAGUUUUUUGGGGCUCACCAUAGUGUGGCGUAUAGUAUUUGUCCAUUCGCCACAUUUACAGUCAGAGAUCUGUAGGUGUGUGCAGUAACAACCGUUUGGUAUGCGACAUUUGCCCUGGAAACAUGUUAGCAACAACUUCCUUCCUUUUAGGCUCUACCUAACUACCUUGUUUGAAGACUCUUUUCCUUGUACUGUUGCAACAUUGAAAACAAUCCCAAACAGCAACUGAUCGUGCUAGUCUGUGAGGUUCUAACGCCUACUGCUCACUGGCCAUCCAUAGGUGCUGAUUCAGAUGCAGCUGUAGCACCUGGCAUCAGCUAGCGUUGUUGGUCAACAGGAUUGGUCCCAGCAGCUAGUUGUUUUGAAGUGGACCUAGUCGUGGGUAUCUGGCGGCCAAACUUUCACGUGGGUAAUGACGUCAUUUUGUGUGACUUGUGAAUGAUGUAUGGGAACUUCUGUGGACAAGGGUUUAUGAUUGUUUUACCUGUCAAGUAUGUAAUGAUUAUUUUCAUCUUUUGAAUCACUUAUAAUGAGUUUCAAAUAAUAUCUUGCAUGGGCUCGUUUCCCUGCCGUUUAAGUAGUAACUUUGUUGCAUGGGUGAGUCAUCAACUUUGUUGUCUGAAAAACUAUUCCAGAGAACAACAUUCAUGCCUUUACCUAUCUCAGAAGGAUUAUUCUUCCUCAGCCAAGACUGACCAACACAGGAAUUUAGACACGGAAAAUUGUUGAGCAAAAGAGUGCUCUCAUGACACUCUGUAGUGAAAAUGGACAUCUUCAUGGGUAGCAGUCAACGGGGAAUUAUGCUCGAAGAGAUUCUUGUUCAGCUCCCCAAAUAUCUUUUGGGAUGAGUGUAUUUGUCUAUCUUUGGGUAAGAAGAGAGAGUGAAGGACGUGAGUGUUUCUAGGCUAUAUAUUUUGCAAUGUCAGAAACACACGGAUUUCGAAGUCCAGGUGCCUAUCUACAAAAUGAUGAGAUUUGAGGGCGGUGAAGGCUGUUAUAUGACUUGAGUUCCAUUGUCAAUACCUGUGGCCAAACAUGUCCAGAUGCCAAGGAGCCAAUGGUGACAUUUCUUUGUCUCGGGUUCAUGGGGAUGCGUCAUACUUCAAUUUUGUUGAUUUAUUGAUUAUAAUGAAGAGAAUCAGCAGGGCAUAGUAGUACCAUUGUCUGGCGCCAUUCGCAUACCUAGUUGUAGAUGGGCAGGCUGGCUGGUGUAGCGUCUUUAUUAUAUGUUACUGAAAAAAGAACUGUUCUGCGCAUAAGGUCGUUUUUUCCUGUGUAGUUCUUAUUGUCUUUGUCAUAUUUCUAAUGACAUUCUUUUCUUUCAUACAAGUUUCAGGACACCAGUUCAGACAUACCAGUUUUUAUUCAGUCACUGUUAUCACCUGCUAAACCAGUUCCUGUAGUUACAGCUACAGCAUCGUUGGUUUCCUUCUUUCACAAUACUGUAAGUCAGCAUGCAUCCCUUUUAUCUCAUAAUUCUGUGUGACAUCACGACAUUUUUUUAUAAGACUCUUGUAUGAAAUUCAUAAUUAGAAUGCCGAUUUAUUGGGUUUUUAUUCAAUUUUUCCUUGGAUUAAAAAUAUUGAAACAUGUAGUUCUAUAAAUUUUAUAAUUUCAACGGUGGGUCCUGUAUUAUGAUGCAUAUUGUUUGUUCAAGUAUGGCUCAUUUGCUUAGAAUUCCUGAUUUCUUAAGAAAAUUAAGAUUAGCUCAGAUGAAGUACACCGCAAUACCAAAUUCCCUUAGCUAAAAUUUAUUUUUAAUAGAUUGUUUGUACAACAUAUCCUCAGCACAAUGAAUACAUCAGAAGUAUACAAUGAUCAAUCUUCAUGCGGAUAAUUCAAAGGUAACUGUUAGGACACUGCGUCCUAAGACAGGAAAUCAGGGGAAAUCACAGUGAAAGAAGGGGAAAAUGACGGAGGGAAGAUAAGGCGCAGAAAACCCUAGCGCCGGGAAUGGGGAUGUUCGAGAGCCCGCGCUCUCCCCAGAUGACCUUAAGACUCCCAAAAAAUAGCUUCCCCUCUCUGAUUCCCUGAUUAAGUAAGGGAUGGGGACUAUUGGGCUUGGGCCCGUUUUCUACUUCUAUGAUAGAUAAGGCCCAGUGGCCUUACAGUAACCUGCUAAUCUGCUAGUAGGUUAUAUGCUCGAAAGGAGAAACAAAUGCGUGAGUGUAGGGGAUGUGUUGCUCAUGAUCUCCGUGGUGGUCUGUUUUGAGAUGCGUGACUUACCAUGUUUGAGAUUAGACUUAUUAAACCUGCUUAUUAAUUUUAGGUGGAUAAAUUGUACUGGGCAUAGCUAAUUAUGGAUUGAUCCACGAGUAAAUUUCUAUUGUCUCUGCUGUUUGACCCUCUGUCAGUCAAACGACCAGUCCAGAUAAGUCAAUUUGGUAGAAUAAAUGUAAGUGACACUUUUUGGAAAGCAUAUUUUCGAUGAUUGCUCAUGUAGUUAUACCACCUAGAAUGAAGAUUUUUUCGGUUUGAACAAUUUAACGAAACUCACUCCCUUAACUUCGUUACCUUGCUCAUUUUCAUUCACUUGAGGCGCUGUAGCGCCCUAUCUAUCAAUUCUAAAUCAAUUAAAUCUACGAGUACAGCACAAGCCUGUUCUUUUAUGGUUCCUUUAACUGUGUUUUUUAAUGAGAUAUCCUUGUACGUCAAAUAGUCAGGUUUUGCGCAUGGUUGUGAACCUGGUAGAAGACCAUUUGAUGUAGUGCAGAUUGCAAGUCAUGGAAAAUAUGGACACGAUAAUUUCCACGUUAUCAAUUUUGAGUUCCAGUUGGUUGGUUGAUCAAUUUACUUUAAGCUUUGGGACCUUCCUGUUGACUUGGAAAGUGUCUGCAGGAAGAAGAGAAAUCUGGAAGAGUUUACAUUCUGAAUUGCCUUACAUUGCCUUCUUUGACUAACAUUUUGUUGUUCACAGAGGCUCGUUUAGCUUUAAGUAGAAUAUGAUUUUUGUGUGGAUGUUUGCUUGAUUAUUUUGCCUUGGUUUCAGGCUGUACAAGUAUCAGCUUCUCGAGUUCUCUCGCUGUUGUGCUUUAUUUCCUCAAGGGUGCAGCAAUAUUCAUCAGAAAACACUUUCACUGUUUUAGAUGAUGUGCAGGUUCGUAACUUGCAUGUGCUCUGGAGGUAUAUUUGUAUGAAAUUAUGUCCAUGUCAUUUCUAACGCGUCAUAUACCACUCGAUUUUCAGCUUAAGGAGUUAAGUACUUCCAUGCAUGAAAUUUUUAUUGAUGAAGAGACAAAAAGCGAGGAUCUGCUGUUCUCUGUGGUGAACCUCCUGAUUUCUGCAGCCUAUUUUCAGGUCUGUGCUGCAAAAUGACAUAAUGUUUUUCUACAUUUCCAUGGAAAUUGCAUGGGUUUCCUUUAUUUUAUAAGAAACCGUUUCCUAGCUGUGAAUGGAUGCUUGUAUUGCACGUGGCCUCGUCCUUUUCUGCGACACCUUGGGAAGGAAUCAGUGAAACUGUUCGGAUGGUUGACUUGCCCAUUGGGUUGGGAUAAAUAAUCUUCAGAUUUACAGGUAUAAUCUGAUUCCCUUUUAGAUGAUAACUCUUAUGGCAAAAUGGGUUUGGAUGAAUCCAUGCUAUCCAGAGUAAUCUCUAUGGGGAAGAAAUCAUGGGUGAAACCUGAGACACUACCAAUAAAUAUGUCCGAGUAACCACUUUUUUUUUAACUUCCACCGUUUUUUUGUUCUUUCCGAGUGCCAAUAUUAUAUAGUGGGUUGGCCAAUGCUGCGGAUUGGAGAUGCUAAAGGAAUUAGCGGCUAGGGCAAAGAAGACAACUCCUACUCCCUUGUAAUGUAUCUGUAUGUAGGCACAUGGUACCGUUCAACAUAGUUUGUCGAUCUUUAUGUCAUGUACAUUUAGUAACUCACAUGAGUUUGGAAAUUACUUUUAGAAUUUUUUUUUGUAGAAUUUUGUCUGUCUUCACCAAAAAAUUGGUUAUCUCCUUUUUUUCUUAUUUCUGGAGGGACCGUAUGACACUAACCCUACAGACAGUGGACCUGGUGUGGUAUAGUUUUUAUCACAAUCAUUGACUAGUCUUUCCUCGUGUUAGCAUUGUGAAUCCAAUUUUUUUCCAAAUCCUCUUUUUUCCAGUAGUGUUGUAAUCUCAUUUGAACAUGUGGAUCUUGCAGCCUGCAUUCCUAACCUCUAUUAUAUUAUCUCUGGACAUGGAGUUGCAAUCAAGUAAUAUGAAGCAGCAGUUGAUCAAUGAUCCCGCAGUCGUUUCCUCAGAUUCCUCAAAGACAAGGGUCUUAAAUUCCUUGAUGCAAUAUUUGAACAGAUCAGAAGAUCUUUUUGAAAGGUAAUACAUAUUUAUGCUAGCGUGUUUGAAGCAUUUUGGAUUGAGUGUUGCCCUAUAUGUAUCUCAGAUGUUAGAACUACAUUACCUCCUGUUUGUGUAGAGUAUUUGCUGUGAAAAUUAUUUCAAAAUCAAUAUUUUCUGAUCGUUUGUUAAUUCAGGUCUCCACGUUUGCUUCUUGGGAUUCUUAACCUCAUAAAAGCAUUAUGGAAAGGAAACGUCCAGUACAUGCAGAUCUUGAAGAAAUUCAGGAGUUCUGAAAAUUUUUGGAAAAAAUUGACAUUGCCAGCUAUACACAUCAAGGCGGAAUGUGGCCCUCUGGGUGAAAAUUUGGAUGAUGAUGAAAUCCUGCGCUUAGCAUACAGGUAGAGAUGUCGUCUCAAUAUCAUGUACAUCUUUUCACCUACUUGGCAUCCUUCUGGGAAAGCUUUAACUUAAGGAGAUGCAAAUCUAAAACAGGUACCAAUGCGAAGCUGCGGUACUAGAUGUUAUUGCUCACGACAUUUUCCUGCACAAAAAGGUCCUACAAGAUGAAGUGGCUACAACACAGGGCACGGAACCUUAUGAUGGCUCUAAAACAUUGAAAUCAAAGGAUGUUAUGUCGAAAUGGUGUGUUAUCUCUCACCUGGAAAAUUGUGCCAAGUUAUUCUCAUCUAGCAGAUACCCUGAAGAGAUCAUCCAUCGUGCCAAGGUUGAUAAUCUUGUUCUUUUUCUUUGUCGCAUUUACAAUCUUGAUAUAAAAUUCACAAAAUAUGAAUGGCUUAUCGAGGGGAGUCGAAUAUUAUGGGAGUGGGUUCGUGUUUCAUAUCCUUGGCUUUUUGUAUACAAUUGAAGUCAUGUCGGGCAUAGAUUGAGAGAGCCUCAAGAUUCUUAUGAAGCUUUAUGUGGUUGUGCCCUUGGUUUUUAUGCGUACCGAGUACACUACGCCGAAGAGGCAUGUAGCAGGGGCAAGCCAAUGAUAUGCUCUUGUUUUCUCUGCUGUUGCCUUAUGUUCAUGAGAGCAAGGAUGGUAGUCAACAUUUUUUCUCCUUUACCUGGAAAUACAAAAGGAACGCCAGGAGGGCAGCAGUUGAGGAUGGAGAGGUGGGAGAGUAAUCGGAAGACUACUGAUUGAAUUUAAGUGUCUUGAUGAACAAUGAAUUGUAGAAUUUAGAAAGCUAGCAGUUUUUUGUUGGACAGAGCCUUUGGGAGCGGAAAAUGGUGGUAUAAAAUUCAAGUUGUGAUUGGGGGAAACGAGUGAAAUAUUGAGAUCUGUGGAUGUGAAUGCAAUGAUACUUCUUUUGGAAAAAUCUCCUACUGUGAACUUAGCAGCAUUAAAUGCUCUGAGAGAUAUAACAAAGAGUAGGCAGUUUUGGGGAAGGAUAUUAUUCCAAUAAAUUUACUGAUCUUGGCUGUUAUUUUCCAUUGUUGUCUUUUCACUGGAGAUUACUAAGGAAACAAGCAUGUUGUAAAAAUGGUUCAUGAUGUUAUGCGUUGACCUCUACACUUAGAAAUUAGGGAUUUUUGUGCAGAAUGAGCUUGGAACGUUUUUCAUGUCAUUUAUCAAAAAGCAAUCUUGUGCAUCUGUAAAAUGUGCCAUCAGGUUGAUGAUGCCAAUAUAUCUCAAUACUGAAAGGUUGAUGAUGGGGUUUUAGCUUUACAUUUAGAUGAAUUUUUUCAUAUAUGGAACCAUUCGUCCAGAUCAGUAUCUAUAUAGUGUUCCCUUUCUCUUGUUAGCCCAAUUGAUUAAUUAUCGUGUCUUAUGCCUGCAACGAAGCGAAAUUAGAAAUGUGUACCCACGUUUGCGGUAGUUGAGGUGGAAUUCGUUGAUAUAUUUCUUACUCUCAUUUAUUUAUUGUGAGAUUUUUGACGUUAAAUAAGUAUAUUUCCAGAUGGAAGUGGUUCUAUGUGUUGUGCACAUGAUGGCGAAGUUGUCAAGUGGAGAACCUGGCAGCUUGUCUCUCUCACUUAUUCAACACAUACUCUCUGUAUCCCAAAAGGUUUUUUCCUCUCAAGUGAAACCUUGACUUUCUUCAUAGCUUUUUUAUUAUCUAUUGUUUUCAUGUCCUCGUUGCUCACCAUUGUUGUCAACAAAUCUUUUAUUCUAUUCUGACACUAUUUUCUUCUUCUUACACAAUGUGCAGUUGAGUAAUCAUCCUGCCUUCUUAUCAUUGUUACAACAAUAUUCAGUGCGUGGUUACAGGUACUCUACAUUCAGUUGUAAUUUUUUCGUCUGCGUGUUUUGUGCAUUAUCGAAUAUAGAUAAUCGGGAGCAUGGCCAUUGCACAUCUGGAUGCUUUUGCUUUUACGUCCUUGAGUUGCUGUUAGGCUUCUGUAAAUGGCAUCCGCGUUUUGUUGUCCUGUGGCUUUUACAGAAACUUGAAUUUUCAGGAAUCAUCAUGUCAUGGAAGAAGGUAUCCCUGUUAUGCUGUGUGUGACGAACGCUAAGUGAGGGAAAAUUAUAAAGUCUCAGUUAGGUCGUUUUAACCCGCUUUAACUACUCAUUUACAAAAGUCUACCCAAACUAAAUGGUGGGAAUGAAAAUGUAACCUUACGUAGAAUAUGAGUGAAUUUGUAAAGUACAGAAGGCAUAAAUGCUGGCUAGAAGGUCUGGAGAAGAGCAAGAUUCCAGUUAGUAGGAAAUAUCUGCCUCAUUGAACUACAUCAGUAAUCCUCAAUUUUGCAGAUUUUCCAUACGGCUUGACAACAUUGUAAGUGGCUUAUGAUUUUUGAACUUUUAGCUAUACAUUGACUUUUGUCAGAUGCAUGGUGUAAAUGGGAAAUUGAUGAUGUACAUUGACUAAUUAUUUCGUUAACUCCACUUUAUCUUGUUUAUUGAAACAUAAUGUUUGAAUACCUUUGCAGUGAGGUAAAUGAAGUCAAUGUCUUAGUCCUCAGUGACCUCUACCAUCAUAUAAAUGGAGAGCUAGAAGGCCGUGAGAUUGCGCCUGGACAUUUCAAGGAGGUUUUGCAAUUUCUGCUGGAAUUAGAUGCAUUUCAGAACUAUCAGUGCAAGCAUGAUGGAGACUCGUGGUCAUCUGAGAAUGAUAAUUACAUGUUUGAUGUCGUACGUCUGAGGAAAGAUUUGGGAAUAGAACUUUGGGAACACACCGCUUGGAAGACGUCUAGAUCACAUGCUGAAAGGAUGCUAUCACUUAUGCAUCGUGCGAACUCAGUAAAGUUCCUCGCAUACUCCAAGAAUUCGUCUCUCAGGGCACUGACUUCUCUCCUAUCUGUGUAUAUGAGAGCUGUAAGCACUCUUUUAACACAUCCACCAUCUCUCCUUUCUCGUACCCACCCUGGAUGUUGCGACUUGACAUGCAGAAGCAUAUUCUUUUAUGAUCCUUGUGCCUCACCUUGCUUUAAGAUGUGUGCAUCUGAUGCAAGGCCGUGUGCCCUUUUCUCUCCUAUUUGCAGAUAGGUGAACCACAACCGACCUCCUUUCAUGAUGGGAUAUCAGAAGCAUAUCUGCGAACAGGCAUUGAACACUUGUCCCAGUGUGUGCAGGCAACAAAAGAUUUGUUGGGUCCGGCAAUGAGCCCAUCUGAAGAAUCACUCAAGUUUCUUACGACACAAGUGGAACUAUUACAGAGUUUCUUCAAGUUACUGUCGAUUUCCCACGGGCAUGGCUCCGAUGCAGUUCAGCUCCUUCCUAUCUACUUAUUGCUGAUCAAAACUUCAGAUGCUGCAUUACGAUUAUUGAGCGAUGCCAGGCAGUCGGCAACUUUGCACAAAACGGUGAAGUUUUUCCUCACUUUGCUCUUGACGGCACUGGAAUCUAUUCACCUCAUAUACGCAGAUAAGUUGGAUUCAGAGGUUGAUCAAUAUGCUGAGGCAUCUCUCCUAAGUCUGGGACUGUUGCCUGUCCUAUGCAAAUACACUGAAAGCUCUGUGUUAUGCGACCUCUCUGUGGCUGCAAUUGACCUAAUAGUGAAAGGCCCUUUGACUCAUAAUACUUGGCUUCCUAUUCUACAGAACCACCUCCGUUUGCAGCUUAUUAUUCCUAACCUUAGACACAAAGACAGACUUGGUUCUGUUCCCAUAAUAUUUCGGUUCCUUCUUACAUUGGCUCGCUUGAAAGGAGGUGCCCAGAUGCUCCACAGCGCCAAUGCCUUCCAAUCCGUGAAGAUGCUACUCUCUUUCUUUAUGAAAGAGGAGCCGUGUCCUCCAGACCUAGAAGGCUUUGGCAUUGGUAACUCAAUAGAUGAAGGUGAAGAUCUGAGGAGCAUUUGGGGAUUGGGCAUGACCAUCACAGAAUCCAUGAUCAGCUCCCUGGGUGAUGACGCGUCCUGCGCGGAGCUUGUGGCCAACGCAAUCCACUAUUUCUUUUCAGAGAAAGCUUCUCUGAUGUACCAUCAUCUUUCUUUUCCAAAGGUUUCAAGCGAUGAUCACAGCAAGAAGAAGGCAAGAACCCAGAAGGCGCGGACAUCUCUAACAACUCUCAAGGAAACUGAGUAUGCACUCAUGCUCACCUGUAAGCUGGCGAAGCAUCAUAGAUUGUGGAUCAGGGAGAUGAAAGAAAAAGACUCGGAACUCAGAGAAAGAGUCAUCCAUAUGUUGGCCUUUAUAAGUAAGAGCACUCAGCGUGUGGGAGACUCACCAGUCAGGACACCGCCACUGACAUGCCCUCCAACCCUCAAAGAGGAGACCGCAGAUCACGAAAGGGCGUCAUAUGUUGAAAGCAAACAGGGGUGGUUCACCCUUGCUGCUCUUGGAUCUGUACCACAGAGCAGAUCAUCUGUCAUCUCACUAGCCACUGGGAGUCAAGCCCAUCGGACCCAUUUUUCAGACACUGUCGCCACACACAUGUACAGGAUCGCUUUUCUCCUUCUGAAGUUCUUGUGCACUCAGGCCAGGGUGGCGACGAAGAGGGCAGAGGAGGUGGGAUACAUUGAUCUCGAGUUCUUCCCCGAGCUUCCCAUGCCUGAGAUUCUCCACGGCAUACAGGUAGCACCUCUGUAUGAUUUUCCUAGUAGACGAUCAGGUCGUUUCAGGCUAAUAAAGUUGAGAUUCUAAUGCUCGCGAUGAUGAUGACGAUGAUGGUGCAGGAUCAGUCCAUCAGCAUCGUCACAGAAAUCUGCAACUCCAAGGUGUCUAGAGAAAUCCAGCCCAAGUCUCAGCUUCUGUGCCAACUGUUGCUGCAGAUACUGGAGAAGGCGCUGUAUUUGGAGCUCUGCGUCUCCCAGUCCUGCGGCAUCCGCCCGGUCAUGGGACGCACCGAGGAUUUUGCCAAGGAAAUCAGACUGUUGACGCAAGGUGAUGAUCCCCUCCUCCGUCGGGGCUCCCAACCAAGGGCGUCCCGCACAACCAGUUGCCCUACAUUUGAUCAUUAUUUCCGCCCUUGUUCUUGCAGCCGUCGAUGGGUAUCCGCCAUUGAAGUCGUCCAUCAAGUCCCUGAAGCAGAUAGCAGCCCUUGUUCAUCCCAGCAGCACCAGCAUCAUCCUCUGA